AUCGACAGCGCUGCUAUUGGUGGCUGCAAGGUUUCCCGCGCAUCAUUUACGACCAGAGUUGAAGGCUCUGACGAAGGGGCAGUUUGGCCACGGGUCAAUCUCGUGCGCCGCGUGGCCCGAUUCACAUGAUGAGCCGGUGUAGCAUGGCAGCAACAUGGCCAGCGGCAUAGGAGGCCAGGCUGACCUGGGUUUGCCCUCCGCAUUUCAUACUGCCUGCUCCCCCGGCCCAUACCGUUGUCACACUCAUCAGCAAAGCAAAGCCGUUGGAUGCCUCGGCUCAUUUCACGCGCUACCACUCGGUAUGGCGCACUAUUGGUCUCUGGCGCACUUCGCGUCCCCGUUUCGUCCCCCUAUUGCCCACCUACGGGGCAACUUCUCCAUCCGGCCUAAUCAUGACCGCAACUGGCGGCGAGUAUCCUCGUACACCUGGGCGAGCGCAUGUGGAGAACACAAAUCAGAGGGUGGAGUGAGUUGGGCGAACCGUAUACAUAUAUUCGCUGAUCGCCUCGACAUCGUUUUCCGCCAGGUCUGCACGCCCAAUCGUCCGUUCACUUCCCAUCGCUCUCUGCCCUUCACACAUCUGCUCCCCCUUUCUACUUCGCUACCAUGACACGUUUGGCUGUUGUUGCCGCGUGCCUGGCAGGCUACGCCGCCGCCUUCCCUCGCCUGGAAUCCCAUCUGCUCAGCCGAGCGGCAGCGCCACCGCAAGGUGCUGGUGCCCUUCCCGUGACGCCGCCGCCCUUUGACGCUUCGGCUCAGCUCGUUAGCACGAGUGGACAGUAUGCCUUCGUUCCACCCGGCCCCGGCGAUGCCCGUGGCGAGUGCCCAGGCUUGAACGCCAUGGCCAACCAGUAAGUCUUC